AGGGGCCAAAUUUGUUCCCACAGGCCACGAUGUACUUUCAUUCCCUCGUAUCAGUGGGUAUUUCCGCUUGUAGAGAUAACAAAAAUGUUCUGCACGACUUGUCGUCUCACGGAUUAGGUAAAGUACACAUUAAACAGUUAAAAAUGAGAUAUCUACCUGGAAUAAAGAUAAAAGUAGGGGGAGGGGGAAGUUUGUGGUAGUGUGAACAUUUUGUGGGGCUUCGGUAGAUAUCACCGCUCACUAAUUGUAUUACCGAAGGGCUUUGAGGUCUCAGGUGGCAACAAAAAGUCCCCAAUCAUAUGUCAACCGCGUCGUAGCAACAACUCCAGUAAUUAAUUUUCCCUUUAAAACAGUGUUUUUUUCGGUGGUUAAUUAAUUAACAAUGUUUGGCCUCGGUGGACGCAAGAUUUUCCGAUAUUCGUCGAUCGAAAAUGCUCUGCCACUAGAUGUCGAGGAGACGGUUACUUGUUUCUGCAGAAAAGCCCGAAGAAAGGAGAAAGAUGCAGGAACAACUGAAGACCCGAAAUUGUACUUGGAGGAGGCAGCACUGGAGCGACAGCUGCCCGAGUUGGAUCUCAGAAUGCUGGUCGAUUUGCCACCAGGACUCGACUAUAACGAAUGGCUUGCCUCCCACACUCUCGCACUGUUCGACCACAUAAACUUAUUCUAUGGAACUAUUUCUGAAUUUUGUACCUCAACAGGAUGCCCAGAUAUGACGGGGCCUGGCUUAAGAACUUAUUUGUGGUUUGACGAGAAGGGGAAGAAGACGAGAGUGGCUGCGCCACAGUAUAUAGACUACGUCAUGACGUUUACACAGAGAACCGUUAGUGAUGAAACAAUAUUCCCUACUAAAUACGCCAACGAGUUUCCCAGCUCGUUUGAGUCGAUAGUGCGUAAGAUUCUGCGGCUACUGUACCAUGUAGUGGCACACAUUUACCACUGCCACUUCAGAGAGGUUGCACUCUUGGGCCUCCACGCUCACCUCAAUUGUGUAUUCGCUCAUCUCACACUCCUUAAUCAACGCUUCAAUCUCAUUGACGCCAAGGAAACGGAAAUACUUGGAGAUUUGGAGGCAGCUUUGCUAGGUGACUCCACAUCGGGUACAUCAACUACAACAUCAAUUCAAGAUCCACCAAGUGCAGCCACGUAGAAAAUAAAUCCGUUUAUAGAAUUUUAAUUAAAAGUUGAUGAAUAACCGAGGUUGCAGUUCCUGAGCCUAGGGUUAAACGAUGUAGGUGGAAGCCCCCUACUAUUCGUUGUUCUCAAUAUUAAAAAAAAGUUUUUAUUACAUUUUUUUUCGGAUUUAGCUUAUGAAUAAUAUGAUGCGUCACGAGAAAUAGAGAGAAAUGGCAUGAAUACUUGAACGACAGUGAUAAUUCAUUUGAGAAAGAACACGAGUGAUACGAAAAUGCAUGUUGGAAUUACGAGGAGAAACAAAAAUUUAUGGAAAAAUCAUGAAUAUUCGAAUGAUGUUGAGAGUAUGUAGUAUCUGUAAAUAGUGCAAACGAGGCGAGAGAAAGAGAGAGAAAGAGCAGACAAAUACAAUUAUGUAAAUUAGUCAAUUUUUUUUCUGCGUUUGCUGUUUGUGAGAUUGUACAUAAUUUAUUGAACAAAAAUAGUGAAAAAUGCAGAGGAAGAGUGAAAUGAAUCAAUAAAACAAAGGGAUAAAAACGUUGAAACUGCUGUAAUAAAAUAAUUGUUCUGUAAAAAAAUUUAAUGGAGAGAAAAGGUAAAUGAAAAAAAAAACAUUAAAAACAAUAAUAAUAUUGUAAACAUAAAUUGAAUAGUAAUAAAUAUAUACCUGGCGUUGAAAUGUU